AUGGCGGCUUCAAAUCCCGUUCACGUCGUGAUUUUGCCGUUCCCAGCUCAUGGCCACAUCAAGCCGAUGCUCAUGCUUGCCGACCUCUUCACCGGCGCCGGCCUCUCGGUCACCUUCGUCAACACCGAGCACAACCACCGCCGCAUCGCCGACCACCGCCGCCGCCGCCCCGCCGUUGAGUUCCUCCCCAUCCCCGACGGCCUGCCGCCGGACCACCCCCGGUCGGGAUUAUCCAUAAUCGACCUCUGCUCUUCCAUCGUCGCCGCCGGCGGUCCCGCCCUCAAGACCCUGGUCGCCUCUAUGAGGCCGGCGCCGGCGUGCAUCAUCUCCGACGGGAUGAUGUCGUUCGCCGUCGAUGUGGCGGAGGAGGUCGGGGUCCCGGCCGUCGCCUUCAGGACCUACAGCGCCACCUGCACCUGGACGACCCUUCAUCUCCGGCGGAUUGUCGAGGACGGCGAGAUUCCGAUUUCUCUCGGUAAUUUGAUUUAA